AUGUCCGAAUUUAUCCUUGCCUUCCUAAUAAUAUCGGGAAUCGGGGAUAUAUUUCCAAACGUCCAAGCGCUCAGACCAGCCGAUAUUGAACAAGGUCCUGUAGAGGUGAUUGUCAGAUGCCCUCUCAAUCACAUACAGUGCAUUGGAACAAGAAAGUGCAUUCAUUUUAACCUACUUUGCAAUGGCGCAAAAGACUGUGAGGAUGGCUUUGAUGAAGGAGUGCACUGUAGAGAGCUCCUGUCAGCCUGUCACGAACUGCACUGCCGUUACGGCUGUAUCAUGACCAGAAACGGCACUUUCUGCUUCUGCGCUGAUGGCUUUGAGGUGGGCGAAGACGGACGGAGCUGCCGAGAUCAUGAUGAAUGUGCAGUGUAUGGGACGUGCAGCCAGACCUGCACCAACACCUAUGGGUCGUAUCGAUGCAGCUGUGCAGAUGGGUACAGUUUGCAGCCUGACGGACGGUUGUGCAAAGCCAAACUCGAACCUGGUGAGAGCCCUGCCAGUCUCCUGAUUGGAAACCGGGAUAAUAUUGUAAUCACAGACCUAAAGGGAUCCGUCCCCAGGACGCUGAAACGACUGGAUGCUAACAUGACUCACGCCUUGGAUUUCAACCACAAUGAGGAAUUAGUGUGCUGGGUCACAUCCACAGAGUCUGCCGGACAACUUUGGUGUGCCAAGAUGAAGAGACUGAGCGGCCUCUCCAAAGAACGGGAGAUAAAGACAGCGCAGAAUCUCCACAAUGUUGAGCAAUUAGCGAUCGACUGGCUCACUGGCAACUUCUAUUUUGUGGAUCGAGUAAGCGACAGGAUAUUUGUCUGUAACCAAAAUGGAGACACGUGUGUGACCAUCAUUGAUUUGGACCUGAUGAACCCCAAAGGAAUUGCUUUGGAUCCACUUAUGGGAAUGCUCUUCUUUACUGACUACGGAAGAACUGCCAAACUGGAGCGAUGUAACAUGGAUGGAACCAACAGGACCAGGCUAGUGGAUUAUAAGAUUGAACAUCCAACCGCAGUGGCAGUGGACGUGAUAAAAAAGAUGGUGUACUGGGCUGACGCCUACUUAGAUUACAUUGAAGUGGUGGAUUACAAUGGCAAGAACAGACUGACCAUCAUCCAAGGAUAUCAAGUUGCCUACCUUCAUGGAUUAACUGUCUUUGAAGACUUCUUGUAUGCAACCCACUCUGAAACCUCCAAUGGAGCCGAGGGCAGCAUUUUACAGAUAAAUCGCUUUAAUGUCACAGACCCGGACACGCUAACAAGCUUGGGGAAUUCAAGAGCAAUACGUGUUUACCACAAGCUCACUCAACCCAAAGUCAAGGGGCAUGCAUGUGAAUCUGAUCCCUACGGCAAACCUGGUGGUUGCUCGCACAUCUGCCUGCUCAGUGGGAGUUACAAGUCCAGGGCCUGCCGUUGUCGAAUGGGCUUCAGUCUCGGAAGUGAUGGGCAAUCCUGCAAAAAGCCCAAGAACGACCUUUUUCUGUUCUAUGGAAAGGGGAGACCUGGAAUAAUCCGUGGUCUUGACCUGAACGUGAAGUCUAGCAAUGAGCACAUGGUUUCGAUCGAGGACUUGGUGAAUCCACGUGCUCUUGACUACCAUGCUGAAACAGGACACAUUUACUUUGCCGACACCACAAGUUUCCUGAUUGGUCGGCAAAAGAUUGAUGGAAGCAACCGGGAAACAAUUCUUAAAGACGAUCUUGAUAAUGUGGAGGGAAUUUCAGUGGACUGGAUUGGGAAUAACCUGUACUGGACAAAUGAUGGCUACAGGAAAACCAUCAGUGUGGCCAGACUAGAGAGAGCAUCAGAAACCAGAAAGACUCUUCUAGAGGGAGAUAUGUCUCAUCCCAGAGCCAUUGUGGUGGAUCCUCUCAAUUGCUGGAUGUAUUGGACUGACUGGGAGGAGGAUGAAGUGAACGACAGCAUCGGGAGAAUUGAGAAAGCUUGGAUGGAUGGUUCCAACAGAAAGGUGUUUGUCACGUCAAACAUGCUUUGGCCUAACGGUCUCACGCUGGACCAUGGAACUAACACCAUGUACUGGUGUGAUGCGUACUAUGACCACAUUGAGAGGAUUUACCUUAAUGGCACAGGAAGAAUGAUUGUGUACAGUGGCAAAGAACUGAAUCACCCCUUCGGGAUUUCGCACUACCAGAAUUUCAUCUUCUGGACAGAAUACAUGAAUGCCUCCAUCUUCCAGUUAGAUCUGACAAGUGGUGAUGUCACACUGCUGAGGAGCGAACGCCCCCCUUUGUUUGGCCUGCGUGUGUUUGAUGCACAAAGCCAGCAAGGUGAUAAUGCCUGCAGAAUAAAUUAUGGGGGCUGUAGUACCCUCUGUUUGGCUAUUCCAGGGGGGAGAGUGUGUGCUUGUGCUAACAACCAGCACCUAGACAAGAACAAUGUCACCUGUUCAGCCACUUCUGGUGAGGUGAUGCCCCAACAUUGCAGGAGUGACGAGUUUCAGUGCAGGAACCAGCGCUGUAUCCGUGCCAACUGGAAGUGUGAUGGAGAUGAUGACUGCCUGGAUGGCAGUGAUGAGGAAGCUCACAUCUGCUCGAACCAUAGCUGCCCUGUCGACCAGUUCAAGUGCCUCAACAACCGCUGCAUUCCCAAGAGGUGGCUUUGUGAUGGGACCAAUGACUGUGGAGACAAUGAAGAUGAGUCCAAUUCAACAUGCUCAGCCCAGGCCUGCCAGCCUAGCCAGUUUCAAUGUGCUAAUGGCCGCUGUGUUCCCGAAGCCUGGCGUUGUGACCGUGACGAUGACUGUGGAGACAUGUCUGAUGAAUCUACUUCCUGUGCUUUCCCAACAUGUGAUUCUCUCGCACAAUUCAGCUGUGCCAAUGGGAGAUGCAUCAGCAUGAACUGGCGUUGUGAUUCAGAUGAUGACUGUGGGGAUGGCAGUGAUGAAGUGGGCUGCAUCCGCUCCUGCUCUGACACCCAAUUCCGAUGCACCAAUGGCCGAUGCAUCCCAGACCACUGGGCCUGUGAUGGAGACAAUGACUGUGGAGACUUCAGUGAUGAGAAUGUGACCUGUGUUGGUGCAAUACCUGCAUUGCCUCCAAUAGAAUGUGGAGGGGAGGAGUUUCACUGUCGCGCCGAUGGGACCUGUAUCCCUGAGCGCUGGCGCUGUGAUGGCGACAAAGACUGCGAGGACGGAAGUGAUGAGACCAACUGUAUGGGUACCAGAAGAAUGUGUGACCCUUCGGCCAAAUUUACCUGCAGAGAGUCAGGGAAGUGCAUCAGCAAGAGUUGGGUGUGUGAUGGCGACGUUGACUGUGAGGACCGCUCAGAUGAGGAAUCCUGUGAAUCCUCCCUCUGUAAGCCACCCAAGCAGCCUUGUGCCAAUGACAUGUCCAUGUGCUUGUCCCCUGAAAAGAUCUGUGAUGGGAAGAGCGACUGUGCUGACCAAUCAGAUGAGGGUCCUUUCUGUGAGAAAUGUUUGCAGGGUAACGGAGGUUGCAGUCAUGAGUGCGUGGUGGUACCUGGUAAAGGUGCGGUGUGUUACUGUCCCACGGGUCUGCAUCUUGGUACGGACAACAGGACAUGUGAGGCAGUCGACUAUUGCACAAGACAUCUGAAAUGCAGCCAAACAUGCGAGCAAUACAAGACCACUGUGAAAUGCUCCUGCUACCCUGGAUGGAGACUUGAGCCAGAUGGAGAGAGCUGCUACAGUACAGACCCUUUUGAUGCGUUCAUUAUCUUCUCCAUCCGACAUGAGAUCAGACGAAUAGAUCUUCACAAGCGUGACUAUAGUCUACUUGUACCAGGCUUGAGAAACACCAUUGCUCUCGAUUUCCACUUCAGUCUCAGCCUGCUCUACUGGACGGACGUGGUGGAAGAUAAGAUCUACAGGGGGAAGCUCUCAGACACUGGAGGUGUUACUGGCAUUGAGGUGGUUGUUCAGCAUGGCCUGGCCACUCCAGAAGGCUUAGCUGUGGAUUGGAUCGCAGGAAAUCUUUACUGGAUUGACAGCAACCUGGACCAGAUUGAAGUGGCAAAACUCAAUGGAGAUAUGCGGACCACGCUGAUUGCCGGUGGCAUGGAGCAUCCUCGAGCCCUCGCACUUGAUCCAGGCCAAGGGAUACUUUUCUGGACAGACUGGGAUGCUACUUUCCCUCGGAUAGAGGCUGCUUCCAUGAGCGGUGGAGGGAGGCAUGUGGUCUUUAAGGACAUGGAAAUAGGAGCAUGGCCAAAUGGACUUACCCUAGACCAUCUGGAGAAAAGGAUAGUGUGGACAGAUGCUCGCUCAGAUGCCAUCUAUUCAGCUUUGUACGACGGCACAGGGGUCAUCGAGAUCCUGAGGGGCCAUGAAUACCUGUCACACCCCUUCGCUGUAUCGCUCUUUGGGGGAAGUGUUUACUGGACUGACUGGAGGACCAACACCUUAGCCAGGGCAAACAAGUGGACCGGCAGCAAUGUGACUGUGAUCCAAAAGACCAGUGCUCAGCCAUUUGACCUGCAGGUUUACCAUCCCAGCAGACAACCUCAGGCUUCAAACCCAUGUGAAGACAAUGAAGGAAGAGGUCCAUGCUCUCAUCUCUGCCUCAUCAACUAUAAUCAGUCGGCUUCUUGUACCUGUCCCUAUCUCAUGAAGCUCUCCCCCAAUAAUCGCUCCUGCGUUGCACUGAAGAAGUUCCUCUUGUACGUGAGACGCUCUGAAAUCCGUGGUGUAGACACCGACAACCCCUACAUGAAUAUCAUGACGGCACUCACCGUCCCAGACAUUGAUGACGUCACAGUGGUGGAUUACGAUGCCCGUGAGGAACGGAUCUAUUGGGCCGACAUAAAAACCCAAACAAUAAAACGGGCGUUCAUCAACGGAACUAGCCUUGAGACGGUUAUUUCAGGAGAUAUUCAGAAUUGCCAUGGGCUAGCUUUAGACUGGAUCUCAAGGAAUAUGUACUGGCUGAGCUCAGAAAAUGAAGAAACACAGAUCAACGUUGCCCGUUUAGACGGAUCCCUCAAAACCUCAGUCAUUCAUGGAAUCGAUAAACCCAAGUGUCUUACUGUUCAUCCGGCCAAAGGAAAAAUCUAUUGGACAGAUGGGAAUACAAUAAACAUGGCCAAUAUGGAUGGAAGUAACAGAAAAGUCUUGCAUCAGAAUCAGAGAGAACCAGUUGGCCUCUCAAUAGACUUUCCUGCAAGCAAACUCUACUGGAUCAGCUCUACUAAUGGCACUAUUAACAGGUGUAAUCUGGACGGCAGUGGAUUUGAGGUCCUGGAGACCAUGAAGAGGGACUUAAAUAAAGCCACAGCUCUAGCUGUCAUGGGUGGCAAGCUGUGGUGGGCAGAUGAGGAUCUGGGUCAGUUGGGUACAGUUACCAAGAGGGAUGGUCGUAACCCAGUGAUACUGAGGAAUAAGACUGCCGGAGUUUUACACAUGAAGGUUUAUGACAGAGAUGGCCAAAAAGGAAGGAACGCUUGUCAGAUAAACAACGGUGGGUGUUCACAACUCUGUCUACCUACCUCUGAAAAUACCCGCAGCUGUGCAUGCACCGUGGGGUACAGCCUGCGCAGCGACCGCAUGUCCUGUGAAGGUAUUGGGUCAUUUCUGAUGUAUUCUGUCCACGAGGGGGUCCGUGGAAUUUCUUUAGACCCCAGCGACAACACGGAAUCAUUGAUGCCCAUUUCAGGCACACUGUUUGCUGUGGGUGUGGAUUUUCAUGCUGGCAAUGACACUAUUUACUGGACAGACAUGGGAUUAAACCGAAUCUCUAGAGCCAAAAGAGAUCAAACCUGGAGAGAAGAUAUAAUCACCACUGGAAUUAGCAGAGUGGAGGGCAUUGCUGUGGACUGGAUAGCUGGCAACAUAUACUGGACAGACCACGGGCUCAGCCUGAUUGAGAUUGCUCGUCUGAAUGGUCUUUAUCGUUCGGUAGUGAUCUCUGAUGGACUCGACCAACCCAGAGCUAUUGCUGUUCAUCCACAGAGGGGAUAUUUAUUCUGGACGGAGUGGGGCAAGAAUCCUUGCAUAGGCAGAGCGCGCCUGGACGGUUCAGAUCAGGUCACGCUCGUUAGUUCUGGCAUCGCUUGGCCCAAUGGGAUCUCCAUUGACUAUGAGGAAAAUAGAUUAUACUGGUGUGAUGCUCGCACUGACAAGAUAGAGAGGAUCAACCUUGAGACUGGAGAGAGCCGGGAGAUUGUACUGUCAGCCGCCAACGUGGACCUGUUCUCCGUGGCAGUGUUUGGGGCUUACAUCUACUGGUCUGACAGAGCACAUGCCAAUGGCUCCAUCCGUCGUGGACUCAAGAGCGACGCAACAGAGGCCAUAACAAUGAGAAGUGGUCUGGGAGUCAACCUGAAGGAUGUGAAAGUCUUUAGUAGAGGCCGGGAGAAAGGAACUAAUCCUUGUGCUAGGAGUAAUGGAGGCUGUCAGCAGCUGUGCUUUCACUUGGGUAGUGGGAGAAGAACAUGCUCCUGUGCACAUGGUUACCUAGCAGAGGACGGUUUCGCCUGCCAGAGAUAUGAAGGCUACCUGCUCUACUCUGAGAGGACCAUUUUGAAGAGCAUUCACCUCUCAGAUGAGAGCGAUCUCAACUCUCCAGUACAACCCUUUGAAAAUCCAGCCUACUUCAAGAACAUUAUUGCUCUGGCCUUUGAUUAUCGUCAAGAAACCUCGAACAACAAUCGCAUCUUCUUCAGCGACAUCCAUUUUGGAAACAUCCAAAUGAUCAAUGAUGACUGGACAGGACGACAGAUCAUUGUUGACAAUGUUGGUUCUGUGGAAGGCCUGGCCUACCAUCGUGGCCUGGAUACCCUGUAUUGGACUAGCUCCACAACUUCCAGCAUCAGUAGGCACACAGUAGAUCAAAGCCGUCAAGGCGCUUUUACCAGAGAGGCUGUGGUCACCAUGUCUGAGGAUGAUCAUCCUCAUGUUCUAGCACUGGAUGAAUGCCAGAGCUUAAUGUUUUGGACUAAUUGGAAUGAGCAGAGGCCUAGUAUUAUGCGUUCUACUCUUGCUGGAAACAACAUGAAAGUCAUCGUUAGCACAGACAUAUUCGCUCCUAAUGGACUCACGAUUGACCACAAAGGGGAGAAGCUCUACUUUUCUGAUGGGAGCCUGGGGAAAAUCGAAAGGUGUGAAUAUGACGGUUCACAAAGACAUGUCAUUGUCAGAUCUGGGCCAGGAACGUUUUUUGGACUGGCUAUUCAUGGAGACUACAUCUUUUGGUCAGACUGGGCUCGGAGGGCCGUGCUACGAACGAACAAGUUUACUGGUGGUGAUACAAAAAUACUCAGAGCAGAUAUUCCACAUCAGCCUAUGGGCAUUGUUGCAGUGGCCAAAGAAACCAAUAGCUGUGAGCUGUCUCCAUGCAGGGUGCAGAACGGAGGCUGUGGUGACCUGUGCCUGCUGACUCCAGAUGGCAGGGUAAACUGUAGCUGCCGCGGAGAGCGAGUACUGCUGGAUGACAACAGAUGUGUGUCAGAAAAUUCCUCUUGCAAUAUCCACAUGGAGUUUGAGUGUGGAAAUGGAGAAUGCAUUGACUACCAGUUAACAUGCGAUGGAAUCGCCCACUGUAAAGACAAGUCAGAUGAAAAAAUGCAGUACUGUGAUAAUAGGAGCUGCAGGAAGGGACACAGGCCGUGCUACAACCACCGGUGUGUGGCCAACAGUCGUUUCUGUGACGGAGUUGAUGACUGUGGGGACGGUUCAGAUGAAGCGUUUUGUAACAACGCCACUUGUGCAUCCUCUGAGAUGGCCUGCCAAGAUGGGACUUGCAUACCAAGCUCCUUAUGGUGCAACCAAGUCAUUGAUUGCAUUGAUGCAUCUGAUGAAAAGAACUGCAGCAAUACAGAUUGCUCAGACUUCUACCGACUGGGGGUGGCAGAAAAAGGCUUUGUCAGUUGCAACUCUACCUCCCUUUGUGUGCAUCCCACCUGGAUAUGUGACGGAGCCAAUGACUGUGGGGAUUAUGCAGAUGAGCUCAAUUGCCAAGUGUCUCAAGGGCACAAAUGUGAGGAAGGCCAUUUUGCCUGUCCCAGUGGGAAUUGCAUCUCCAGUGUUUGGCUCUGUGAUGGACAGAAAGACUGUGAAGAUGGAGCAGAUGAGUUUCAAUGCGACUCCUCCUGUCUGUGGAACCAGUUUGCCUGCUCAAAGAACAAGUGCAUUGCCAAGCAGUGGCUGUGUGAUGGAGAAGAUGACUGUGGAGAUGGCGUGGAUGAAAGCGAGGAGAUCUGUGGCUCAGUGACCUGUGCCCCAGGCUUGUUCAGUUGCCCCGGGUCGUAUGCCUGUGUGCCAAAGCGCUGGCUAUGUGAUGGAGAACGAGACUGUCCGGAUGGAAGCGAUGAACUGGCAGCUGCAGGCUGUGCACCCAACAACACCUGCGAUGGCAAUAGCUUUCAUUGCCGCAACAAGGCGUGCAUCCCCAAGCGUUUUGUCUGUGACCAUGACGAUGACUGCGGCGAUGGAUCAGAUGAGUCAGCCGAGUGCGUCUAUCGGUCCUGUGGUCCAGAUGAAUUCCGCUGCGCUGAUGGACGAUGCCUGCUAAGUGCCCAGUGGGAGUGUGACGGCUCCCCAGAUUGUCCAGACCGUUCCGACGAGCUGCCUCGCAAUCUCAAAUGCUUGGCUGCCGAGAGCUUGUGCAACGGAUCCUUUUUCAUGUGCAGCAAUGGCCGCUGCAUAUCUGAAUCGAGCCUCUGUGAUCAGAAAGAUGACUGUGGGGAUGGCUCAGAUGAGAAGAACUGCAACAUCAAUGAGUGCCUAAACCGCCGUGUCAGCGGAUGCACACAGGACUGCCAGGACCUGGCUGUAGGAUACAAGUGUAAGUGUUGGCCGGGAUUCCACCUAAAGAACGAUGGGAAAACCUGUGUUGACAUUGAUGAAUGCUCUACCAGUCUCCCCUGCAGUCAAAUCUGCUUCAACACUUAUGGCUCUUACAAGUGUUUGUGUGUGGAAGGUUAUGAAGCUUCAAAACAUGAUCCCGACAGCUGCAAGUCUCUCUCAGCUGAAGAGCCCUUUCUUAUUCUCGCUGAUCGUCAUGAAAUACGAAAACUAAGCAUUGAUGGGUCCAAUUACACCCUGCUUAAACAGGGUCUCAACAACAUCAUCAGCUUAGAUUUUGAUUACAGGAAAGAGUUCAUCUAUUGGAUUGACUCCAGCAGACCCAGUGGACGGAGAAUUAAUAGAAUUCGUUUGAAUGGCAGUGACCUCAAGAUUAUCCACCGAACAGCAGUCCCCAGUGCACUGGCAGUUGACUGGAUUGGGAAGAAUCUGUACUGGUGUGAUAUAGAGAGGAAGACCUUGGAAGUGUCAAAAUCCAAUGGUCUGUACCCUACCAUCCUUGUGAGCACUGGUCUAAGGAAUCCUACAGACAUUUCUCUGGAUGCUCAGACAGGGUACGUGUUUUGGAUUGACUGCUGUGAGUCUCCCUAUAUUGGCCGCAUUGGCAUGGAUGGCCAAGGCCAGAUGGUCAUUAUCGACAAAGAGAUCUACAGCCCCACUGCUCUUACUAUUGACUACACCAACAAGAGACUUUACUGGGCCGACGACAAUCACAUUCUGUUUGCAAACAUGGAUGGCUCCAAGAGACACAAAGUGCCUCACGAGCAUAUUCAGGGAGUGAUGGGACUGACCUUGUUUGAGGACUACAUCUACUGGACAGACGGAAAAUCCAAAUCUCUCCGCCGUGCACACAAGACCUCUGGUGCCCACAGCGUGGAGCUCUUGAAUUCCUGGCAGGCCAUUGAGUCCAUAACAGUGUACCAUCCUCUGCGCCAGCCUGACGUCCCCAAACACCAGUGCCAGGUGGCAAAUGGAGGAUGCAGUCACCUGUGCCUUCUAUCCCCUGGGGGAGGUCACAAAUGUGCCUGCCCCACAAAUUUCUACCUGGCCUCCGACAACAAGACCUGCCUCUCCAACUGCACCGCUAGUCAGUUUCGCUGUGGAACAGAUGAGUGCAUCCCUUUCUGGUGGAAGUGUGACACUGUGGAUGAUUGCGGUGAUGGGUCUGACGAACCCGCUGAUUGCCCGGAAUUCAAAUGUCAGCCUGGACGCUUUCAAUGUGGCACUGGUCUCUGUGCCCUUCCCCCUUUCAUCUGCGAUGGAGAGAACGACUGUGGGGACAACUCGGAUGAGGCAAACUGUGAUACAUAUAUGUGUCUAUCAGGGCAGUUCAAGUGCACCAGGAGGCAGAAAUGUAUCCCAUUAAAUCUGCGGUGCAAUGGGCAGGAUGACUGCGGGGACGGCGAGGAUGAGAUGGACUGUCCGGAGAGCACAUGUUCCCCUGACCAGUUUCAGUGCAAGACCACCAUGCACUGCAUCUCCAAGCUGUGGGUGUGUGAUGAAGACCCAGACUGUGCUGAUGGUUCCGAUGAGGCCAACUGUGAUGAAAAGACCUGUGGACCUCAUGAAUUCCGCUGCGAGAAUAACAACUGCAUCCCGGACCACUGGAGGUGUGACAGCCAGAACGACUGCGGAGACAAUUCGGACGAGCAGAAUUGCAAGCCUGUGACCUGUAAUCAUAAGGACUUUGCGUGUGCCAACGGGGACUGCAUUUCCGCUCGUUUCCGCUGUGACGGCGACUAUGACUGCAUUGAUAAUUCAGAUGAGAAGGACUGUGAAACCCGCUGUGAUGAGGACCAGUUCCAGUGUCACAAUAACCUCUGCAUAUCACUCAAGUGGCUCUGUGAUGGCCAGGAGGACUGCAAGACAGGAGAAGAUGAGAGCAACUGUCUCGGAACAGUGGUCCCCUCCUGUUCCCUUAACGAGUAUGUGUGUGCCAGCGGAGGCUGCGUGUCAGCCAGCCUGAGGUGUGAUGGACAUGACAACUGUCUGGACAGUUCUGAUGAGAUGGACUGUGUGAAGGAGUGUCAGGAGGAUGAGUUCUUAUGCCGUAACCACGCCCACUGCAUCCCAAAGAGAUGGCGUUGUGAUGAUGUCUUUGACUGUGUGGACCACAGUGAUGAGGAGAACUGUGGUCAUGGAGCUUUCUUCUGUCGUCCUGAUGAGUUCAUUUGCAACAACACCCUGUGUAAAUUACAUGCAUGGAUAUGCGAUGGAGAGGAUGACUGUGGAGACAACUCAGAUGAGGAAGCUGAGAUGUGUGCCAAGCUGCCAUGUCCACCUACAAGGCCAUAUCGGUGCAGAAAUGACAGAGUGUGUCUACGCACUGACCAAGUCUGCAAUAAUGUGGAUGACUGUGGGGACAACUCAGAUGAAGAAGAAUGUGAGGUCACACUGGCUAGGCCCAAGCCGUGCGGGAAGACGGAAUUCACCUGCAGCAACCACCGGUGCAUACCUCAGCAGCUCCAGUGUGACCUGUUUGACGACUGUGGGGAUGGGGGGUCAGAUGAGCGGGACUGUAAAGCUUCCUCUAAUGGAGACAUAUGUGGAAAGAGGCUGAAUCCAUGUGGGGAGGAUGCAGUGUGCAAUCAAACAAAUAUAAAUGCAAUUUGCCACUGCAAACGUGGCUUUCAAAGAAAUCUAAGGAGCAAACAAUGUGAAGAAAUCAAUGAAUGUCUUCAUUUUGGAACUUGUUCACAUUAUUGUACAAAUACUAAAGGAUCAUUCAAGUGUACAUGUGAAAGGAAUUUUAAGGAUAUCAAUGGCAACUGCAUAGCAAAAGGACCAGAAGAUCGAGUGCUCUACAUAGCUAAUGACACUGAAAUCCGAAGUUUUGUGUAUCCAUUUAACCAGAGCCAUGGACACAAAGUGCUCGCUCGCAUUGAGGACAAUACCCGCAUCAUUGGGAUGGAUGCUCUCUUUCACCAACAAAAGUUUAUCUGGGCUACCCAGUUUAAUCCGGGUGGACUUUUUUACAAAGAAAUCCUAGACAAGAGUCAAACUAAAACAAAUGUUGGAAUCAUAUGUCCAGAUUUCCGUCGGCCCAGAGAUGUAUCAGCUGACUGGGUGACUGGAAAUAUCUACUGGACCGAUCACUCAAGGAUGCACUGGUUCAGCUAUUACACUGCUCACUGGACUAAGCUGAGAUACUCUAUUAAUGUGGGUCAACUCAAAGGGCCAAACUGCACCCGUUUGAUAACAGAUAUAGCCGGAGAACCUUAUGCUAUUGCUGUGAACCCAAUCCGGGGGAUAAUGUAUUGGUCAGUUAUUGGUGAACACCCUCACAUUGAAGAGGCUGCAAUGGAUGGCUCAAUGCGUAGAGUGCUGCUGGACAAGAAACUCCGAAGACCCACAGGUCUGGCGAUCGAUUACUUCAACCAGCGUUUGUACUGGGCAGAUACAGAAAUCUCUGCUAUAGGGAGCGUGCAUUUUGAUGGGUCAGACCCACUGGUGGCCAUCAGUAGCAAACACGGUGUUUCACAACCUUACAGAAUAGAUAUUUUUGAAGACCUCAUCUAUGGAGUUAGUCUCAAAAAUGAGGUUUUUAGGGUUCACAAAUAUGGCAAGCAACCUAUGGAGCUUCUGGAUUUGGAUGUUGAGAAAACCACAAAUGUCAUGAUCUUCCAUCGAUACAAGCAACAAGACGUGGCCAACCCAUGUCUGAAGAUGACCUGUGACUUCAUGUGCCUGCUCAAUCCAAAUGGGGCCAGUUGCUCAUGUCCUGAGGGGAAGACCCUUGUCAACAGCUCCUGUGUUGACCCCAUUGUAUCAGGAGAGCUCUGUCGACCCGCCUGUGAGAACGGUGGCAGAUGCAUGGCCAAUGAGAAAGGGGAUUGGCGUUGCUACUGUUGGCCGGAUUUCUCUGGAGAACGCUGCGAAGUCAAUCACUGUGCAGACUACUGCUUAAACGGAGGCACGUGCAUAGGCUCCCCUCUGGGGAAGCCUACCUGUCGCUGUGCCGUGGGGUUUACGGGUCCUAACUGUGAGAGGAGGGUGUGUGACGGUUAUUGCCUGAAUGGAGGCACAUGUGAUGUUAGCCCGGGGAACCAGCCCAUAUGCCGGUGUUUGGCAGAGUAUACUGGAGAUCGCUGUCUCCACCACAUCUGUCACCACUACUGUGUGAACUCCAAGGCAUGUACGCUGUCCAGCACUGGCCACGUAGAAUGUGUGUGUCCAGCAAGAUAUGAAGGAAACAAGUGUGAUGUGGAUAAGUGCCUGCGUUGCCAUGGAGCUCCAUGCAUAGUUGAUACUAACACUGGAGAUGUCGCCUGCAACUGCACAAGUGGUCGCAUAGCACCCAGCUGUCAGCUCUGUGAUGGUUACUGUUAUAAUGGUGGCACCUGUCAUCUGGACCCAGAUACGAACCUGCCUUUCUGCCACUGUACAGCUGGGUUCAAGAACCAGCGCUGUGAUGAGCUGGCCAAUCCGUGCGAUUACUACUGUCAGAAUGAAGGGAUAUGCACAAUAACAACUUUUAACAAACCCCGCUGCAAGUGCUCUGCCAACUGGUCAGGAACACAGUGUGAGAGGCCAGCUCCGAAAAGUAGUCGCUCCGACAACACAGCUGGAGGAAGCAUAGCGAUCAUUGUGCCGCUUGUCCUGCUGGUGAUUUUGAUAACAACGGUGGUGGCUGGGGUCUUCAUCUGCAGAAGGCGACAAAGGGGCAAGAGAGCACAGCGCCAACCCAUAGCAAAUGGAGGCAUCAAUGUGGAGAUAGGCAAUCCUUCCUACAACAUGUAUGAGGUGGACCACGACAACCAUGCAGAUGCUGGCAGCCUUCUGAAACCAAACUUCACUCUAGACCCACAUAAGGGAUGGUGUGUAAAAUCCAGUGAUCCCCAUUCACUGAACAUUCACUCUGUCCCUAAAGACGUCAUACCAGGACAGCCCAUGAACUACUCCAAUCCAAUGUACGCCAAGAUAUACCUUGACGGUCAGAACUGUCGGAAACCGGUCAUCAAUAUUGAUGAAAGGAGAGAGCUACUCCCAAAGAAACUGGAGGGGACGAUUCGAGAAACCGCCGCAUAG